AUAUAAAUACACGCCCGCGCCGCGGCCGCGGGGGCUGAUCUCCCCAACCCAAAAACCCCAAUCGCGUCGGCCGUCGCUGUCUACUCCGCUUCGGCCCCGGGUCCGCGCGCAAGGAUCGAUCAGCUGAGAUAAGACAUGGGUCAGAUUUUGGGUUUAGUGCAAGUUGAUCAGUCAACUGUAGCCAUCAAAGAAACUUUUGGCAAGUUCAAUGAGGUCCUGGAGCCUGGUUGCCACUUUCUACCCUGGUGCAUAGGGCAGCAGAUUGCUGGUUACCUCUCAUUGCGUGUGCGGCAGCUGGAUGUCCGCUGUGAAACAAAGACAAAGGACAAUGUCUUUGUCACUGUUGUUGCAUCUGUCCAAUAUCGCGCUCUUGCUGAUAAGGCAUCCGAUGCCUUCUACAAGCUGAGCAAUACCAGGGAACAAAUUCAGUCAUAUGUUUUUGAUGUCAUUAGAGCUACUGUUCCAAAGCUGGACCUGGACGAUGCAUUUGAGCAGAAGAAUGACAUUGCAAAAGCUGUUGAAGAUGAGCUUGAAAAGGCAAUGUCUACAUAUGGCUAUGAGAUCGUGCAAACGCUGAUUGUUGAUAUUGAGCCUGAUGACCGUGUCAAGAGAGCAAUGAACGAGAUCAAUGCAGCUGCUAGGAUGAGGGUGGCAGCCAGCGAGAAAGCUGAGGCCGAGAAGAUACUCCAGAUCAAGAAAGCCGAAGGAGAGGCCGAGUCCAAGUACCUGGCUGGUGUGGGUAUCGCAAGGCAGCGUCAAGCCAUUGUGGACGGGCUGAGGGACAGUGUGCUUGCCUUCUCAGAGAACGUCCCUGGCACCACUGCCAAGGAUAUCAUGGACAUGGUCCUGGUCACCCAGUACUUCGACACCAUGAAGGAGAUUGGAGCCUCAUCCAAGUCCUCUUCAGUGUUCAUCCCCCAUGGUCCUGGAGCUGUCAAAGAUGUGGCGGCGCAGAUAAGAGAUGGCCUCCUGCAGGCCAAUCUGCAGUGAGAGAGGGUCCUGAGGAUUAAAAAAAAGAGGAUUGGUUUUGAUUGCAAAGCAGUGUCGACGGCAUCUGUUAUAUGGUGCUAUGAAGUUGUGAAUUAUAUGAUAUAGAUAGACUUGCAUGGUUUGUGAAAGGUUAGUAGGUUUCAUAUCGACUGGAGCACUUGCGAUUAUUUUGGUGACCUCCUACUAUGCUAUAUACUUGUGGAAAGUCAAUUUGGAUAGGACUCAGCUUAAUAUUGAAAGUGCAGCUACUGAGAAUUCUGUGGUUUUUGCCGCAGUGAUGUUCUUUUGCAAAAUCUUUGGAAUGACAAGAUGUCUGUUAUUGGAUGAAA